GGGGUGUGGAUUGACAUUUAGGAGUGAGCAAGGUUCUCUGUCAAUUAGACAGUUGCUGUGGGAAGCGGAGAGGAGUGCAUGAACAGAGGGAGCUCCUGGUGGGAAAGAGAGGGAGAAGAAGCUAUGAACUAAUAAGGAGCCUGUCAUUACGGAGAUGAGACGCAGUGCAGUGGCGCUUGGCUGUUGAGCGGAGGCAGCUGAUCACCAGGCAUUCCCAGCUGUGGAGAAGACCCGCUUGUCAAAGGGAAGCGCUACAUUCCCAUCUCUGCAAGACCCAAAUUAUACACUCAGUUGAACACUGAGAACUGGCCACGGAAGUGAUAGUUUGUGUCAACUUGUCUUUGAAGAGCUUGUCCACUACAAGGGAAGCAGUCACUACCAUAGAGGAGGAUAACCACAAACUCCUCCGAAAAUCUGUCACAUCCACAUCUGCACAGCGGUCAACAGAACAACCUUCUCACAAUUUAUAACUCAAACUGUCUCCACUUUGCUUUGGUACCCAUUCCAUGAAGAAGCAGGAGACAGGCUUCCAUUGAGUCAGGGACAGUGAUGGGUUUACAGAGAGGGGCACUGCGAUGGGCACUUCCCUGGCUGCUGUUGGUCAUGGCUGGAGGGUCACACGGCUCCCUGGUGAAGACUAACCUAGGGUUGAGGGUGAAGAGGGGCCAGCCGGCCUACCUGCAGGAGGGGGACCUGCAGUUCCACAUCCCCCCGGUGAAGGACGCCUGCAAGGUGGAGGUGGUGCUCAACGAGCCAAUUACGCAGAGGGUGGGAACGCUGACACCCCAGGUGUUUGACUGCCACUACCUGGCUGAUGACGUAAAGUAUGUCCACAAUGGCUGCCCGAUACUAAAAGAAGAUACUGUCAAGCUUCGACUCUACAGGUUCACAGAGACAGAGACCUUUACAGAGGUCUUCUUCCUGCGUGUGGAGAUCAUGGAACCUGACUGCAACAUCAUCAAACUAGGGCCCAAGUCCCUGGUGGUGCCAGAGUUCUACGGCCUGUCCGACACGCUGGAUGGCAACGUGGUGUCCUUCCACUAUGAGAGGAUGACUAGUCUUGAGUGUAGCAUCCGUGUGAACACACACGAGACACACCUCCCGGGUCAUGGUCAGUUGGUCAUUGGGGAGCCAGACCAGCUGGAGGCCAGAGGGGACGAGCCGGAGAGCUUCAUUCCUCUCCGGCAGCAGCUAGAUAACAAGGCCAGGGCCAUGUGUAAGACUGAGGACUGCCUGAACGGCCUGAAGCUGGCAAAGGUUAUCAAAGUGCCCUGUGAUGAGUUCCUGGUGAUGGGCCUUAGGUACCAGCACAUAGACCCACCGUCUCCAGACGUAGACUACAUCGCCCUCCGACUGGACCUCACCGACACCAGGAGCGGGAGCAUAUAUCAGUCGGAGCGGGCCUGGAUACCUGUCCACAUCCCUGGCGCUGUUCCCAACCAGCCGCCCAAGCCAGCCUUCAUGUCCAUGUUUAUCCUGGAAGUGGACCAAUUCAUCCUCACGCCCCUCUCCACUGCCACCCUGGACGCAGAGGACGGAGAGACCCCCAAACAGCUGCUGGUGUUCAACAUCACCAAGCCCCCCCUAGAGGGCUUCAUCACCCACCUGUCAGACCACACGCGACCCAUCUUCUCCUUCACCUGGGUGGACCUCAACGACAUGCUUAUCGGUUACCAGCCACCCAACUCAUCCCACACCCAGCGUAGGAACUAUGAGGUGGAGUUUGAGGUACAUGACUUCUUCUUUGAGAAGAGCGCCCCGAUCAUGGUCCACAUGUCAGUUAGAACAGCAGACACCAAUGCACCCAGGGUGUCAUGGAACAUGGGUCUUAGUCUUCUUGAAGGUCAGUCUCGUCCAAUCACUUGGGAUCAGCUCCAGAUUGUGGACAACGACAACUUCAAGGCUGUACGCAUCAUCACUGUCGACGGCCUCCAGCAUGGCAGACUAACACUGAGAGGUGGCAAGGGUUUCAUGUUCACCAUGGCCGACAUACUCGCGGGCGCUGUGCGCUACCAUCACGACGACAGCGACACCACCAAGGACUUCAUCAUCUUCCGCAUCACCGAUGGGCGCCACCAGACCCGGCACAAGUUCCCCAUCAACAUCCUGCCCAAGGAUGACAGCCCACCAUUCCUCAUCACCAACACAGUGCUGGAGCUCUCUGAAGGCCACACGGCCCUGCUGAGAGGAUCCAUACUGCAGGCCUCAGACAUGGACUCAAGCGACGACUACAUCUUGUUUAACAUCACCCGGCCACCGCAAGCUGGAGAGCUCAUGAAGAUCCCUGGUCCUGGACUCACUGGUUAUCCUGUCAGCCGUUUCCUGCAGAAGGACUUGUUCCACUCUGUGGUCUACUACCGCCAUCUAGGGAAUGAGGUGUUUGAUGACUCCUUCGAAGUGGUGCUCUCGGACUUCCAUGACCCACCCAACCUUUCAGAACCUCAGGUCAUAGUGGUGCACAUCAACCCUGUGCCUGACCAGCCACCUAAAGAGGUCCCUGGGGUGACUCGCUGCCUGGUGGUCAAAGAGACAGAGGUGGUCCACCUGACCAAGAAGCAGCUUCACUUCAUCGACCUGGAGUCCCCUGACAGCGAGCUCACAUACACUGUUACCACUCCGCCCUUCUACAGCAGGUCUUAUGGGGGCCAUGAUGCAGGGAGGCUGUUCCUGGUUGACAGCAUUGCCAAAUUCACCAAGGAUGCUGAAGCCCCAGUGUUAAGGUUAUUCACACAGCAUGCAGUCAACUACAUGAAAGUGGCCUACAUGCCUCCCAUCCUGGACAUUGGGCCUUACCCGCAGCACAUCCAGUUGGUGCUCUCCGUCACCAACCAGCAGGGAACCACAGUCGCUGGCAUCUGCUUCAACAUUACCGUGGUGCCAGUGGACAACCUGGCCCCAGAGGUGCACAUGAAACCUCUGACAGUGGACGAGGGUGGGGAGUGCUGGGUGGGUCCGGACCACCUGCUGCUGGAAGACCAUGACUCUACAGAGGAGAGCCUGAGAGUGGAGCUGAAGAGAGAGCCUCAGCAUGGAGCUGUUCAGCUGGAUGGCUUCUCCAUGAAACCGGGCCAGAACUUCACUGUUCGCGACCUGAAAAGCCUAAAAGUUAGAUAUCAUCACGACAGCUCGGAAACAGUGGGCGAUGCCAUUGAAUUAAUCGCUACCGAUGGGAUUAACGCAAUCAACUUUGUUCUGGAAGUUAAGGUGACACUGAUCAACGAUGAGGUUCCAGUUCUCAUGCCAGGUCUGAAACCUGUUCUGGACUGUGCAGAGGGACAGGAAGUCAUCAUCACCGCUGAGUACAUUUAUGCCACAGACGCAGACAGUGAUGAUAACAGUCUGACCUACAUGAUUGCCCGUCAGCCAUACCAUGGCGUGGUGCGCAAAAACGCCAUUGUGGUCGAUCGCUUCAUUCAGGCAGACAUUGUCGCAGGGAGUAUCACCUACGAACACACAGGAGCGGAGAUUGGACUAGCCCCUCGACACGACACAAUCACGUUUGUGAUAUCCGACGGCCAGGCGGAGAACACUCCGUCAUGCUGUAAUGACCGAGGGGACACAUUGAAAAGAGGCAGGACACAAGUCCAGGAGAGCCUGCCUCUGUAUGACCUGAAGGUCACCGUGUUCCCUGUGGACAGUCAGAUGCCUUCUAUUGCAACAGGAGAUGUGUUUGUGGUGGAUGAGGGGGGUGUGGCCCCUAUAACUGUAGCCCACCUCAGUGCCUCGGAUGUGGACACUCCCCUGGAGGAGCUGGUGAUCAGCCUGGUCUCUCCUCCCCAGUAUGGCUACAUUGAGAAUAUCCUGCCCAGUCCUGGAUUUGAGAAAAGCAACACAGGCAUCAGCAUCGCCUCCUUCUCUUACAGUGACAUCAUGAACGAACAUGUGAACUAUGUCCAGUCCAGACACCAGAGGAUUGAGCCAACCGCUGACCAGUUCAUGCUCUGCGUCUCUGACGGGAAACACACCUCUGCGCACGUCCACUUCUACAUCAUCAUCAACCCCAUCAAUGACGAGGUCCCGGAGUUUCUCGCCAGAAAUAUCACGGUGCGAGAGGGCCAUAUGAAGGAGCUGGACCCUGCUGUUAUAAACGCGGUGGAUCUGGACAUCCCUAAGAACAAACUGCUGUUCAGCGUGGUCCAGGCCCCCCAGCAUGGCACCAUCAUGGGCCGAACGUAUGGCAACGACGUGCCCGCCAAUGGAAGACCCGUCAACAGGCACAGGGACGCAGAGGUGCUGGUCCAGGACUUCACCAUGCAGGAGUUGAGGAAUGGUAUGUCUCUGAUGUACAUGCAUGAUGACUCUGAGAACAUGGUGGACAGCUUCACCAUCCAGCUGAACGAUGGGAAACACCAGCUCCAGAGGCACGUGAUGGUCAACGUACUCCCUGUCAAUGACGAGGAGCCUCGAGUCAUAAGGAACAAUGGACUGGAGGUGGAGGCAGGCGAGGCUAGGCUGAUCUCCAGUGCUAUUCUCUUUGCUCAGGACAGCGACACUACCUCUCAGGAGAUAGUCUACAUGUUGGAGAGCGUUCCCACUCAGGGACUGCUACAGGUUAAGGUAGGCUCUGACUGGGUGACCCAGUCUGCGGGGAUGAACUGCACCCAGGAGACAGUGGACAUGAACCUGCUGCGCUACCUCCAUACCGGGCCACUGGGACACACACAGGAUUUCUUUGUGUUCCACCUGCUGGACGGGAAGAACCGUUCCCCCGCGCAGCACUUCCACAUCUCCCUCAAGGACAUGGAGAAAGGAGACAUUGCCAUUUUUGUGAAGCCGGUGAAGACCAGCCGCGGUGAGCGCGUGGUUCUGACCACAGACGUCCUGCUGGCGACGGACGGUACAGACAAACCGGAGGAGCUGUUCUACAUCGUUACAGUCCCCCCCGGCAACGGACACAUGGAGUACAUCAAACACCCUGGGGUGGCCAUCAGCACCUUCAGCCAGAUGGACAUCGCUGCCAACCUGGUGGGCUACGUCCACGACAACAGAGCCACCGCGUCGUUGGAGACACUACAGUUCGUCGUCAGCAAUGGCAAGGCCACCCGUAACGGCACCCUGGAGAUUUACGUUGAGACCACCGACCGCGUGCUGCCAUCACUGACCUGUAACAGCGGCUUGAGAGUCCCUCAGGACUCCUCCGUGGCGGUGACCCCUGACGCCCUCGCCUUGUCAGACCCCGACACCCCACCCAGUGACCUGCUCUUCUUCCUGGCCCAGCCUCCGCAGUACGGCACACUGCUUCGUGGCGGUGUCCCGCUCGCUGCCGGGGGUAACUUCACCCAGUGGGACCUGCAGGAGCUGGAGGUGACUUACAGGCACGGGGGCGGCCCGUCGCAGAUCGACCGCUUUGCCUUCACGGCCUCAGACACUACCAACAGGAGUUUCCUGCUGGAGGGGAGGGUGCAGACGGAACCUGUUAUCUUUACCAUUCAGAUUGAGCCUUUGGACAGCUCGGCUCCUGAGGUUGUGCAGCUGCAGUCUCUGUGGAAGGCUGAAGUCCUGUCUGACGGUCGCUAUGGGAUCUACCUCUCGUACCGGGAGCUGAGAGCGCAGGACGGCAACACCAAGGAUGAAGACCUCACCUUCCACAUCCACAGGCCACCAUACUUUGGCUACCUGGAGAAUACGAUUAAAGGCAGCUUUAUCCAGCAGCGUUUCACUCAGAGGGACCUGAGCAAAAGGACUAUCGUGUAUAUCAUAGACCCAGCGACAGAAGCCCUGUCGGACAGCCUGGAGUUCAGAGUGUCCGACCCGCUGGGGAACACUGGGCCCUCCCACACGCUGGAGCUGAAGUGGUCUCGUGUGGAGCUGGCUGUGUCUGAGUACCAGGCAUGUGAGAACCAGGGCACUGUCUCACUGGACGUCCUACGGAAAGGCAACAUGGCCGAGUCCUCGUACAUCACCAUCAAGGUGAGAGAUGUCACAGCGACUGCUGGAAAGGAUUUCACUCUGAGCCCGUCCAGCCUAAUCCAGUUUGAUCCUGGCGUAUCCAAAAGGAGCUGGCGUAUUGAAAUGACCCAAGAUCACCUGGAGGAGGCAGAGGAGACAUUUGAAGUGACACUGGUGUCCCCUGAGGGAACCGUAGUAGGCAGCACCUCCAAAGCGCUGGUUAAAAUCAAGGACUCUGGGAAAGGACAGUGUGGAUCCAGUCGGGCCCCUAUGGGCUCCAGUCUGGGGGGGAAGCAGGUUCAGUCAGGGCCGUACCCCCAACAUGGCUCCAUUCAUUUGGAGACACUACCCCUUGCCAAGGGAGACCAGCAGAUGACCUGGACCCGGGGCGAUGGUAUGCCCCAGUCUGUGCCCGCUGCUGUGCCCGCCACGCCCAAUAUGAAACUCAGAGCCAUGGCCAACAGAAAGACGAUUCCACCAUCAUCAGUCCAUCGUAAUGGAACAGACACUGUGUUCAUGUACCACGGGAUCAUGUCCGUGCGCCUGGAGGAUGACAAGUCUCUGUCUAGGAAGGGAAGGAAGGCUAAUAUUCAGGUGACCAGCAGAGGGCGGCAGCAACAUGCAGCCGCAGCACCACCAGUGGCUCCCAACCUCAACCCUAAACCUGUCCCUAAGACGAAGAGUGACCACUUGCUCCCACGUUCAAUGCCUGAGCAGCCCAAUAAGGAGCCUUCACCUAGCUCUGGCCCUAAACCCUGUGUCCCAGAGCUGAUGGGGCUCCUACACUUUAACCAGAGCUCAGGCGGGCUCCUCCGCUGCAACGGGAUCUCCUGGAAGCCCUGGGCUCCCACUGAUGAGAUGGUCAGUGCUCAGAAUUGUCGUAAGGGCUGGACCUAUCACAGUGGCAACUGCUACUUCCUGAGCACCGAGCGCAAGUCGUCGUGGAGCACCGCCAUCAGAGCAUGCAGGGAGAGUCACCAAGCCAAUCUGGUGAGCAUUUUUUCCAAGGCUGACAUGGACUGGCUGUGGGACUUCAGUGGAAGGAAGCCAUUCUGGAUAGGUCUAAACGACAGGGAGAGCCGAGGACGCUGGGAGUGGGUGGGUGGAGAACCCAUCACCUACACCAACUGGUGGAAGAGCCCGGCCAGAGGCAAGAGGAAGGGGACCAGGAGGUGUGUUCUGGUGUGGAGGAGGGCCAAGUGGCAGAUCAGAGACUGUAAGACAGGCAGGGGACAUCUCUACAUGUGUUACAUCAAGACGUGAGCCGAGGGGGAUCCCUACGUUGGAUUGAUGCUAUGAAUCGGAACUAUUUUCUUUUCACUGCUGUUCCAACAGGAGCUGACCCUCAAGACAAGUUGCAUUCAUACAGGUAACAUCAACCAAUCACCCAAAAGGAGAUUUACUACGUUACUACAGAGAUAGAUGAAGAGGUCAGCUUUAAUGAAACGGAAGUACUGCAUCACAUCAGUCGCAAACAUGUCACACAUGCACCGCUGAAGCUCACGCUUUUCCCAGCUACUGUAGUUUAAAGGGAUCGUUCGCUCCAAUGACACUGGAUUCCUUACCAUUCUUAAUGUUGAGUAGCUUUAACAUGUACCGGACUGUUCACGUGUGUAACAGCUAUACUUAUUACUAUUAUUAUUGUUGAGUGCUGUAACUGCUCCACUGGUCAUCUGUGUAAUAUUUAAUAUCUGUGUAUAACAAAUUGUAUUGUGAGUAAUGCAUACCUCUCAACGUGUACAUUUCAAGUAUUAUUUGAUUUCACCGUCUCAAGGUUGUAUUCAAAUGUACGGUCCUUGAUGGUAGUAACACUGUCUUGUCUGAAAUCAGUCAUAACUGGGUUUGUGGACUAUAGUAUUUCUGUAUUAACAAAAUGUAAUAUUUUAUGACUAACAACGUGAGAUUCAGGUUACUCUCAUCACUGACACUACACUCAAUGGCCAGUUUAUUAGGUAUGCCAUCCUGUUCACUAAAAUGCUUUGCGCCUACAGACAGUGAGUCACGUGGCCGUGGCUUUCUAUAUAGAGCAGGCAGACAGGCAUCGAGGCAGUCAGUCACAGUUAGAUUGAACGUUCGAGUGGGGGGAAACUAGUGACCUAAGCAACUUUGAGCGUGGUAUAUUAGCUCCAGUAUCUCAGAAAGCAGCUCGUUGAAGAGAGGUCGAGGGAGAAUGGCAAGAAUUGUGCAAGCUAACAGGCGUGCCACAAACUGGCAGAUAACGGAAAAACAUUGAGUGGAAAAACAUUGCCUGUGUCAUGCUGAUGGCAUAGUCAGGAUUUUGGCGUCCAUGACCCCAUCCUGGUGUCAACGGUACAGGCUGGUGGUGGUGCUGUAAUGGUGUCAGGAAUGUUUUCCUGGCGUGAGGAGCAACGUAUUGAGCAACGUUUCCAGAUCCCAAAGAAUUUGAGCCGUUCUGGAUGCAAACGGACGUCCGACCCAGUACUAGAUGGGCGCACUUAAUACUGGCCACUGAGUGUAUAUGGUGCCAACUCUACAGUUCACAUUAUGCCACAGAAACUCAAAUACACAAAUACAGAAAGGCAUCAGCUGCCUUCGAGACAGCAUGCAGUUGUGGGAUCACUCAGUUGCUUUCUCAAAUUACAUUGUGACAGUUGCAACAUUUUAGCCAGUUACUGUACAGAAUUUAUUUUAAUUUCACAUUCCAUUUAAAAUGUAAUGAUUUGUAUGCAAUUAUUUUAUAAACGUAUAUUAUUCCAGAAAUCUA